UUGUCAGAUGAUCACACCACUGUGAGGUGGUCUGCCGCCAAAGGUGUUGGACGUAUAACUGCUCGUCUUCCCAAGGAAUUAGCUGUGCAAGUAGUCGUUUCUGUUCUUUCUACAAGUUUUCAUCCACUUGCUGGACAUUGUUCGUGGCACGGAGACUGCUUGGCAUUAGCUGAGCUGUCACGGCGAGGAUUUUUGUUGCCCGAAGCACUAGACAAGGCAUUUCCUAUCGUGCAACAAGCACUAUUUUAUGAAGAACCUAUGGGGCGUCACGCACUUGGUAGUAACGUUCGUGAUGCCGCUAGCUAUGUGCUGUGGGCGUUUGCUCGAGCGUACGAGCCUGAACAGCUGAAGAGUUUCAUAGACGAUGUGGCCACUAGUUUGAUGUGCGCCGCAUUGUUUGAUAGAGAAGUAAACCUGCGCCGAGCAGCCUCUGCUGCUUUUCAAGAGAACAUCGGCAGGCAAGCAAAUUUUCCUGAUGGAAUUGCGUUGCUCACUACAGCGGAUUAUUUCGCGGUAGGAAACCGUUGGAGAUGUUAUACCAAAGUCUGCGCUGAGGUUGUCUGCUUUCCCAAGUAUGCAGACGCUAUAGUUGAUCAUCUUCUCGAGAAGAAGGUAAAUUUCAGUUAUUAUGACCCUUCUUUUUUAUAUCUUUCUCAUUCAAAUCAUUCACUGGGAUGA